AUGGAUACUCUUUGUCCGUUGUGUGACAAGUUUUCGGAGUCUGUUUCUCAUCUAUUUUUGUAUUGUGAGGUGGUUUGGGGUUUAUGGUCUAGAUUCUUGCAUUUUUGGAAUGUUUCCUUUGUCGUUCCGGAGAGUCUGACUGCUUUGAUAUCUGUUUGGAUUGAUCUUGUUCCACGCUCCACUAUUUGGACAUUCAUUCUAGGGGCAGAAAUGUGGAACACAGCUUGGUUUGUAUAUAGAUUUCCGGAUGUGAAAAUUCCUUUUGAUUCUCUUGUGGGAGAUCCAAAAGUUACAGAUUUUGAGGUGAGUUCUAAGAAAUCUAGUUCUUCCUUGUCGCAUUGGGUUCCUCCUCCUUCGGGUUUUGUCAAACUAAAUGUGGAUGGUGACAUGGUAAAAGGAUGGUCAAGAGGAGGCAUUGGUGGUUUACUCAGGGACAAUGAUGGUGUGAUAUUUGGUUCAUUCUCAGAGAGUGUCGGUCCUGAUCCUCCUAUCAUUGCUGAAUUAUUGGCAAUUAAAAGAGGUUUGUUUCUAUUUGUAGUGUCUGGUUUUGAUUCAAAUGGAGGGCUCAUUCUUGAAUCAGAUUGUUCUACUGCUCUGCAGUGGAUCAAAAAUCUGGGUCGUUGCACCCCGUUGUUCGAGUCAAUGGUGAAAGAUAUUGCUUCUCUUGUGGUAGAACAGGAUGUUAUCGUUAGGCAUAUUUUGAGAUCUGUCAAUUGGGAGGCAAAUGGGUUGGCUAAAGAUGGAAUUGGAUGA